AUGGAGUAUUGGGUGGCCGGGUUCUUGGUUUUAACGGCCGGAAUUCUUCUCCGUCCAUGGCUCUGGUUUUGUCUUACGAGAGAUGAAGAUCAAGAAGAAGAGAAAGAGAAGAAAGGAAUGAUUCCGAAGGGAAGCUUAGGUUGGCCGUUGAUCGGAGAAACCCUAACCUUCAUUGCUUGUGGAUAUUCUUCUCGGCCUGUUACCUUCAUGGACAAACGAAAGUCUUUAUACGGGAAAGUGUUCAAGACGAACAUAAUAGGGACACCAAUCAUAAUAUCAACUGAUGCAGAGGUUAACAAAGUGGUGCUCCAAAACCAUGGGAACACAUUUGUCCCUGCAUACCCUAAAUCAAUCACCGAACUACUAGGAGAAAACUCUAUCCUCAGCAUCAAUGGACCUCAUCAAAAGAGGCUUCACACGCUCAUCGGCGCCUUCCUUAGAUCUCCUCAGCUCAAAGAGAGGAUCACUCGAGAUAUUGAAGCCUCUGUUGAUCGCACUUUAACUUCUUGGUCUCAACUUCCCUUGGUUCAUGUCCAAGAUGAGAUCAAAAAGAUGACGUUUGAGAUAUUAGUAAAAGCGUUGAUGAGCAUUUCUCCUGGUGAAGAUUUGGACACCCUCAAGCUUGAGUUCGAAGAAUUCAUCAAGGGUUUGAUUUGCAUCCCCAUCAAGUUCCCUGGCACUAGACUUUAUAAAUCCCUCAAGGCGAAAGAGAGGUUAAUGAAGAUUGUUAAGAAGGUUGUGGAGGAGAGACAAGUGGCUACAACGGAGAGGGAGAAAUCUCCGGUGAAAGACGCGGUGGAUGUACUUCUAAGAGACGUUAACGACGGUGGUGAUUCGGAGAAGCAAUCUCAGCCGUUAGAUUUCGUCAGCGGAAAGAUUGUAGAGAUGAUGAUACCCGGAGAGGAAACGAUGCCAACGGCGAUGACAUUGGCUGUAAAAUUCCUAAGUGACAGUCCCGUCGCACUAGCCAAACUUGUGGAGGAGAAUAAGGAGAUGAAGAGGCGGAAAUUGGAGUCUGGAGAAGAUUACAAUUGGACUGAUUAUAUGUCUCUCUCGUUUACUCAAAAUGUGAUAAAUGAAACGUUGAGAAUGGCUAAUAUCAUUAACGGGGUGUGGAGGAAGGCUCUCAAAGAUGUAGAAAUUAAAGGUUACUUAAUACCAAAAGGAUGGUGUGUAUUGGCAUCAUUCAUAUCGGUUCACAUGGAUGAAGACAUUUAUGAGAAUCCCUAUCAAUUCGAUCCGUGGCGAUGGGACAGGACUAAUGGAUCGGCUAACAGCAAUACUUGCUUCACACCCUUCGGUGGCGGUCAGAGGCUAUGUCCUGGUUUAGAACUAUCGAAGCUCGAAAUCUCCAUCUUUCUUCACCAACUCGUAACCCGCUUCAGUUGGACGGCAGAAGAAGAUGAGAUCGUGUCAUUUCCGACGGUGAAGAUGAAGCGGAGGCUUCCGAUCCGAGUGACUCCCGUCGCUAUAGGAUCUCCGAUCACUAUUGGAUAA